AAGGGGAGGGGCAGAGGACACGCUGCCGGCUUGCGCACCCGGAAGGCGGUGGCGGAGCGCCCCGCAGGUCGGAGCCGCGCGUGCGCCGCUGCUGACGCUCGUUCCGGCUGCGGCUGUGCCGCCCGAAGGGAGCUGCGCUCGGGAUGGAGGACCAGGAUUUCUUGUUGGCGCUCAGGCUGCAGAAGGAGUGGGAAGAGCAGGACAAGGUAGCGGCAGAGGCGGCGGCGGCAGCAGCAGCAGCAAAGCGCCCCGAUAUCUCUCCGUACCGCUCGCCCCUGCGGCCGAUGUCGGUGGUGGACGAGGCGUGGGAGCUGCUGGACCCCAGCCCCGACGUUCAUGCCCUGUUCGUGCAGUUCAACCAGACGCUCUUCUGGGGCAAGCUGGAGGCCGUCACGGUGUCCUGGAGCCCCCGCAUGACCAGCUCUGCUGGUAUCUGUUCGUAUCACGAAAGGAGCGGGUUGUGUUCCAUUCGUCUCAGUGAGCCGCUCCUAAAGUUACGGCCAAGGAAGGAUCUUGUGGAGACAUUGUUGCACGAAAUGAUCCAUGCCCUGCUCUUUGUUACUCAUAACAACAAAGAUCGGGAGUCUCACGGGCCGGAGUUCUGCAAGCACAUGCGUCGCAUCAACGUCUUGACUGGAGCCAAUGUCACGAUCUAUCACGACUUUCACGACGAGGUGAAUGUGUACCGCCAGCACUGGUGGCGAUGCGACGGCCCCUGCCGGAGCCGAGCACCCUACUUUGGGUACGUGAAGCGCUCCAUGAACAGAGCCCCCUCUGCACACGACUUCUGGUGGGAUGAGCACCAAAGGACGUGUGGGGGCACGUUCACAAAAGUGAAGGAGCCAGAGAAAUUCUCAGAGAAGUCCAAGCAGAAAACUCAGACAGCAAAACUUCCACAUUUCAAGGCAGCUAACAAAGGCAAGACACAAAUACAUGGCAUGCAAGACCUGACUCCUUUUAGUGGCACGGGAUACCGGCUGGGAGGAGGGGACGGUGUACUUUCAGAGAAAAACACAAACGCCAGCAGCUCCACUGGAAACAGUGAGGCACAUGGCUCACUGCAUCACUCGGCAGUAAGGACAGUACCAGCCCCUAAAAAUGAGAUCAAACUGGAAAAAUUACCCCAUCAUGGCAUCUUUGCACUUCGUACCAAUGGUGCCAGUGAGAAGAGCGGCUCGGCUGUGAAGCGGGAGUUCCCGAAACCCUCUGCUGCUGGUGCAGACCAUGAUGAGAACGACUGGGGACUGCCUGCUAGGAUUGCUCGUGUUGCUGGGGAAGCAUCAAGCCAAGGCUCACCAGCUGGCAUGAGGGCUGUGCCAUCUUCUAACUGGUCACCAAAACAAAUUUCUUUGGAGCAGACCUCAAGAGCUCAGGGGGCAUCUGAGAAAAAAAGCUUAGAACAUGUUAAUACACUGCAGCAAUGGCCAAAAAAGGAUGACAAAACUGCCUUUGAAAAGUAUUUCAUCAAAAAAGGGGGUACUGAUGUCACUACAACUACAAAAACCGGAGUUGAAUUUACACAGUCCUCUGCAAGUCCUAGCAGUCCUGGGAGGCAGGAUAGAAUAGUCAGUUGUCCUGUCUGUGAGACUGAUGUUUUGGAAUCUAAAAUAAAUGAACACCUUGAUUCUUGUCUUGCAUAAAACAGCAGAAAGUUUCUUAAAAAGAUAAACCAGGGCUGGAAACAUUGUUUGAAAGGUAAUUUGCUCAGGGUUUGCUUAGCUGUGGUUACACUUGUGUGUGCCUGUUCUGAAAUGGAAUUUAAAAUGUAACUGACCUCCAUAUCCUCAUGCUGGUAAGUAAAAACCAUGUGUAAUGCUGCUAGGAAUGCUCCUGGACAUGUCAUAAAAGCUUUCCUGAUCUCCCAGUUAAACUUCUAGUGCUAAGCAGGACAAAUUAGUAUUAAAGUGACAUUACCUGCCAGUCUUUAUUUUGCUGCUUCUGGAAGCCAGCCAGGUUUGUGGUUAGCAGGCCAGUCAGUUGAGUACUAAACCCAUUGUGCCAGGAAAAGUUAUGAGUUUCAGGCACGUGUGUUUUCUAUGUGAGCUUCCUGAAAUGUCCUCUUGCUGCACUAAGGUAUGUAACGGGUUAAACACUAAACAGUUUGAUUCCUUACAACCAGUAAAACUGAUUGUAAGUAUGUUUGCAUAACCAUAAAAAUUGUUUUAUAUAAAUAGCUUUUAAACAAAAUUGUUUUGUAUCUUGUUACUGUAAUUUUAAAUGGCUGUAUCAGCCUAGUUUGUACAUGUUUACAGUAUUACUCCUGCUCUCUUAACUAAUUUUAAAUGCUUCAUAUUUUUAAAAAUAUUGACACUGCAGAAGUUUAAUGUAAAUUACUUUGUUCUUGCAUACUUUGAAUAAAUUGUUACUGAAGUUUAAAUUUCCA